AUGAUUUUACAAAAAUUGCUGCUGUUUGUUGUUAUAUGGGCUAUUUUGGCCAAUUCCGCUUUUGCUUUCUAUUGUUAUCAUUGCAAUUCCAAGCACGAUGAGCAUUGCGGUUAUAGAUUUUAUCAUACUAAGCAAAUGGACACCCAUUGUAGCCAUGUAUCGCCUCCUGCCACUCUGGGCUCCCUGUUCUUCGGCUCAAGUGCACAGGCUACUGGCUGUAUGAAGCAAAUUAUUCAAUCAAAAACAUCUGGUACCCACAUUGUGCGUACCUGUUACUUUGGUGAUAUCUACAACAUCACAACUGGCUGCACUCUUAAUGCCUUGGAUGUUUUGUCUACGCUCGUAAGCUGUGAUGUCUGUACCGAUUAUUUAUGCAAUGGUGCCACUUCUAUAGCCCCACUUGCUGCUGGCGUUUUGGUACUAUUUUUAAUGGCUCGCAUUUUCUCCUAA